CUCCCGGCCCUCCCUUUUCUGCUAAGCCAAGUAAUGGCUGCUUCCGAGACCCGGAGGACUGCUGCGGGACCUGAGGAGCACGAUGACUGUAGGGUAGGCUGCAGAGUUGGGGAUGUCGGUUGUGAAGACAGUAAGGACUGCAUCCUAGAGCCUCUGUCUCUGCCAGAAAGUCCAGGUGGCACCACCACUUUAGAAGGUUCUCCAUCUGUGCCUUGCAUUUGCUGUGAAGAACAUUUUCCUGUGGCUGAACAAGACAAACUUCUGAAGCACAUGAUUAUUGAGCAUAAGAUUGUCAUAGCUGAUGUAAAGUUGGUUGCUGACUUCCAAAGGUACAUUCUAUAUUGGAAGAAAAGGUUCACAGAACAACCUAUCACAGAUUUUUGCAGUGUGAUAAGAAUUAAUUCCACAGCUCCAUUUGAAGAACAAGACAACUAUUUUUUGUUAUGUGAUGUUUUACCAGAAGAUAGGAUUCUAAGAGAGGAGCUUCAGAAACACAAAUUGAAAGAAAUUCUGGAGCAACAGCAACAAGAACGAAAUGAUACCAAUUUCCAUGGCAUUUGUAUGUUUUGCAAUGAGGAAUUCUCUGGAAACAGAUCUCUUCUUUUGAAUCACAUGGCCAGAGAACAUGCUUUCAACAUUGGAUUGCCAGACAACAUUGUAAACUGCAAUGAAUUCCUAUGCACAUUGCAGAAGAAGCUUGACAAUUUGCAGUGCUUAUACUGUGAAAAGACCUUCAGAGACAAAAAUACACUUAAAGAUCACAUGAGAAAAAAACAGCAUCGUAGGAUCAAUCCAAAGAACAGAGAAUAUGACCGAUUUUAUGUCAUCAAUUAUUUGGAACUCGGAAAAUCAUGGGAAGAAGUUCAGCUGGAAGAUGAUCGGGAGCUGCUGGACCAUCAGGAAGAAGACUGGUCUGAUUGGGAAGAGCACCCUGUCUCUGCUGUCUGUCUGUUCUGUGAAAACCAAGCAGAAACAAUUGAGAAAUUAUACAUUCACAUGAAGGACACACAUGACUUUGAUCUCCUCAAAAUAAAAUCAGAACUUGGACUAAGUUUCUAUCGACAGGUGAAACUGGUCAAUUUCAUUCGAAGGCAGGUUCACCAGUGCAGAUGUUAUGGCUGCAAUGCAAGGUUUAAAUCCAAGGCCGACUUAAGGACUCACAUGGAAGAAGCUAAACACAUCUCCCUGCUUCCUGACAGAGAGACAUGGGACCAACUGGAGUAUUACUUUCCCACUUAUGAAAAUGACACUCUCCUGUGUACACUAUCUGACAGCGAAAGUGACCUGACAGCCCAGGAACAGAUCGAAGAUGUUCCUAUCUACAGUGAAGACACCUCUAAACUGCAUGCUUUGAAACAAAGCAGUAUUUUGAACCAGCUCCCACUACAGGAGUGCUUGAAGGACUAAAAGAAACUGCUGCAGAAGCAGGGUUUUUUUUUUUGUAUGUUAGUCUCCUCUGUGACAGAUAUGAAAGAAUCAUUUAAAUUAACUUUGAAUAUUAGCGAAGUA